CAACUUGCAGUCCCCGCGCCAAGCCCAGUGACACUGGUUCUCUUAAACCCUAAACCUAGCUGACCAUCAGAACUAGGAACACAAAGAAGCGGGAACUAAGGAGUUCUUGCGUCGGAUUAGCUUGUUCCAUUUGAAUACGGUCUGGUUUCCAUUUUUACGAAGGUUGUCUGAAGUUUCGUUCUUUUUAGUCUGAUGGCUCUUGGUUCACUAAGCAAGAAGAAGGGCUCAAAAUCGAGCAAAGGCCCACCUAAGAAGAAGCAAAAGGGUGACCUUUUCACCGAGAAACGCCCCGAAAAGGCUGACCUUUCGGACGAUUCCGAUGUCUCGAAUGAAGAAGUAGAGGAAUUGGAAAACUUCGAUGAAGACUCUGGUUCUGAACUUCUGUCCGGAGACGUUGAUCCUCUAGCUGAUGAUUUCCUGCAAGGGAGUGACGAUGAAGUGAUCUGGUUUGAUUUAGAAGAAAAUUCAGGCUCGGAUUCUGCUGCUGGUUCAGACGGUUCAGACUCUGAUUCAGAGGUAUCUGAUAUUGAGCGGAAGUCUAGAGCUCUUGAUGAACGUAGAGCAAGGGAGGAGAAAGAUGCAGAGGAUGAGCUGCAGACCAAUAUUGCUGAGGAAUCGGACGAGUUCUGGCUUCCAACAGAGGAGGAACUUGAAGCUGAGGCAAAUCGCCCUCCUGACCUUCAGAAUCUCCAAAGACGAAUCCAAGAAAUUGUUAGAGUGCUUUCAAAUUUUAAAGAUUUGAGGCAGGAAGGUGCUAAGAGGAAGGAUUACAUUGAGCAGCUUAAGAUGGAUCUAAGUUCUUAUUAUGGUUACAACGAUUUCCUUAUUGGAGUUCUGAUAGAGAUGUUUCCAGUGAAUGAACUUCUGGAACUUAUUAAUGCUUUUGAAAAGCCAAGACCUAUAUGUUUACGAACAAACACUUUGAAGGCAAGAAGACGUGAUUUGGCUGAGGUCCUGUUGAAAAGAGGUGUGAACUUAGACCCCUUGAGCAAAUGGUCAAAAGUUGGACUGGUUGUGUAUGAUUCACAAGUGCCAAUUGGGGCUACUCCCGAGUACAUGGCUGGGCUCUACAUGCUACAAAGUGCAAAUUCAUUUUUGCCUGUUAUGGCGCUUGCUCCACAAGAAAAGGAGCGGAUUGUCGACAUGGCGGCUGCACCUGGUGGCAAAACAACAUAUGUUGCUGCUCUUAUGAAAAAUACAGGAAUAAUUUAUGCUAACGAAAUGAAGGAACCAAGACUUAAGUCACUGACUGCCAAUUUGAAUCGGAUGGGGGUAACAAACACCAUAGUUUGUAACUAUGAUGGUAGAGAGCUUCCCAAGGUUUUGGGUCUCAAUUCAGUUGAUAGAGUGUUGCUGGAUGCUCCCUGUAGUGGAACGGGGGUGAUAUCUAAAGACGAGUCAGUAAAAACAUCCAAAAGCCUGGAGGAUAUAGAAAAAAGUGCUCAACUGCAGAAGCAAUUGAUACUCAAUGCAAUUGACAUGGUUGAUGCAAACUCAAAAUCUGGGGGGUAUAUUGUUUACUCCACAUGCUCCAUGAUGAUUGCUGAGAAUGAAGCAGUCGUUGACUAUGCGCUCAAGAAGAGGAAUGUUAAAGUUGUGCCAUGUGGGCUCGACUUUGGCCGUCCGGGGUAUACUAGAUUCAGAGAGUACCGGUUUCACCCAUCCUUAGAUAAGACUAGACGGUUCUAUCCCCAUGUACACAACAUGGAUGGUUUCUUUGUGGCGAAACUGAAGAAAGUAAGCAAUUCAUUACCUACUGCCGCAGCUGCUGAAGCUGUGCAGUCUACAGAGCAAGCUCCGCUGUCCAGUGAGAAAGACGUAGAAUCUGUAGAGGAAGCUCCACUCUCCAGUGUGGAAGACGCUGUGGAGGGAAGUGUGCGGCCUUCCAAGGAGGACAGUAAUAAGAAAAACAACCCAGGUCGGAUAAAACGAGAACACCAAAAUGGGAAUGGAGCACCCAAACCAGCAGCUGAUAAGCGCCGCGAGAGGAAGUUCCCAUUCAGAAAGGAAGUCCCCCGCAGAACGGAAAUCAUAAAAGCAAGGGAGGAGAAGAGACAAGCUUUGAGGGGAACAAAAAGAAAAGGAGAAGGGAGCAAGUAGAGGAGGUCGACGAUAACAGAAGCAAGAAGGCCAUAUACGUUGGAGGGAGGAAUGCUGAGAACAGAACACACUCUGAGGACCAAUUACCAUUUAACCUUUUGCUUUUGGCGAAUAUUCGAUCUCGCCUAUUUAGGAGCAUUCAAAUGUCUGGUUCAUCUCAGGAAAAAACGAUGCUUGUGUCUUUGUGAACCUAGAUUUCGGGGACACAACCACCGCCAGUAGUUCUCCCACUCGCUUUCUCCUUUGAAUGCAAUUUUUCCAUUUGUCCGAGCGACUUUCUGCUUGAGACUGGGGUUUAAAUUCGCAGCCCUAAAGGGUAGCUACAGACAGAGAGAAAGCAGUGCUGAACAAGCCAAGAAGCUCCGUCUCUCUGUUACCAUUGUGUUGUGUAUGCAAUAAAGUUCGGAGCUUUUGAUCAUUGUUAGUGCGGAAGAGCUGUACAGUACAGAAAAAACGGAAUGGGUAUGGCUAAUCAAGAAGCGAUCCAGCAGUUUCAGUCUCUGAUGGACAAAGUGGAUGAGCCGCUGAAGAAUAGUUUCAAGAAGGUGCACCAGGGAUUUGUAACUGAAACUUUGACAAGAUUUCUUAAAGCGCGGGACUGGAAUGUUGCCAAGGCACAUAAAAUGUUGGUUGAUUGUUUGCAGUGGAGGGUACAGAAUGAGAUUGACACCAUUUUGGCGAAACCGAUUGUUCCUACAGAAUUGUAUAGAUCAGUUCGGGAUACUCAGCUUGUAGGAUUAUCAGGUUACACGAGGGAGGGUCUUCCUGUUGUUGUUGUUGGUGUGGGGCAGAGCACAUAUGACAAAGCUUCUGUACAUUACUAUGUGCAGUCCCACAUCCAAAUGAAUGAAUACCGCGAUUGUGUAGUAUUGCCUAAUGCAACCAAGAAGUGUGGAAAGCAUAUUAGCACAUGUAUUAAGAUCUUAGAUAUGACUGGUCUAAGGCUUUCAGCUCUAAAUCAAAUAAAGUUAUUAACUGCAAUAUCUACCAUUGACGACUUAAACUAUCCAGAGAAGACAGACACAUAUUACGUUGUCAACGUCCCAUACAUCUUUUCUGCCUGUUGGAAGGUUGUGAAGCCUUUAUUACAAGAGAGGACAAGGAAGAAGAUUCAGGUGCUACAAGGUUCUGGGAAGGACGAAUUGUUAAAGAUAAUGGAUUAUUCCUCACUCCCUCAUUUCUGUAGACAAGGGGCCUCUGGUUCGUCUCGUGUUGUUGCUGCUGCAAAUGGAACCACCACCACAAACUGCUUCUCGUUAGAUCAUGCCUCCCAUCAGCAGCUGUACAACUACGUUAAGCAGCAAGCUGAGCUGGACGAAUCUGAUUCACCACCUCUCAAACAAGGCUCGGUCCAUGUAAGUUACCCCGAGCCUGACCCUGAAGAUGCCAAGAUCGUGAAGACGAUAGAGUCCGAGCUCCACAAGCUAGGUGAUUCUAAUGGCCUCAACAAUUCAUUCAGCAGAGUCCGGGUGAAUGGCAUGUGAAAAAAGCUGACACAAGGAAGGAAUGAAUGAACAUUUAGGGAUGCGGUUUAGUUACUGAUUUCGCACCAAAACGGAAGUACGAGAGUGAGAGAUCCAGGCCUCUGCAAAACUUGAGAAAGAUGGGGAAAGUUGUGAACUUUGUACUAAUUAAGGUUAUUGACGAUGUAGCUUUUCAAUUUGAUGCAUCAGCUCGAUGCACAUCUUGCAAAGUUGAGGGGCUAAGUCACCUGCAUAGGGGAUUGACAAGAAACAUCUCAGGGUGAAAUUAUCUUUUUCAUAUCCCUCUUUACUUUUAAUUAACCCUUCAGUUGGGACCUUAUAUACAAGGAACUACUUGCUUCAGAAGAGCUUUACUCAUUUUGGCACCUUGUUUUGUAGCCAAUAGCAAAAGACUAUUAGGUGAUGUUUUUGUGCCUAAUCAUGGAUCAGGAU